GAGCGGGGCUCUGAGGAGACACUUUUUUUUUUUUUUUUCCUCCCUCCUUCCCUCCUCUCCUCCUCCCUUCCCUUCCCCUCUCCUCCCCUCUCUCCUCCUUCCCCCCUCGGUCCGCCGGAGCCCGCUGGGGCGAGCGGUUGGUGUUGCAGGCGGCUCACUCUCCGGGGCCACCCGGCGGGUAGCUGGCGGGGGGAGGAGGCAGGAACCGCGAUGGCGCCUCAGAAGCACGGCGGUGGGGGAGGGGGCGGCUCGGGGCCCAGCGCGGGGUCCGGGGGAGGCGGCUUCGGGGGUUCGGCGGCGGUGGCGGCGGCAGCAGCUUCGGGCGGCAAAUCCGGCGGCGGGGGCUGUGGAGGUGGCGGCAGUUACUCGGCCUCCUCCUCUUCGUCGUCGGCGGCGGCGGCGGCGGCGGCGGCAGCGGCGGGGGCCGCGGUGUUACCGGUGAAGAAGCCGAAAAUGGAGCACGUCCAGGCUGACCACGAGCUUUUCCUCCAGGCCUUUGAGAAACCAACUCAGAUCUAUAGAUUUCUUCGAACUCGAAAUCUCAUAGCACCAAUAUUUUUGCACAGAACUCUUACUUACAUGUCUCAUCGAAACUCCAGAACAAACAUCAAAAGGAAAACAUUUAAAGUUGAUGAUAUGUUAUCAAAAGUAGAGAAAAUGAAAGGAGAACAAGAAUCUCAUAGCUUGUCAGCUCAUUUGCAGCUUACAUUUACUGGUUUCUUCCACAAAAACGAUAAGCCAUCACAAAACUCAGAAAAUGAACAAAAUUCUGUUACCCUGGAAGUCCUGCUUGUGAAAGUUUGCCACAAAAAAAGAAAGGAUGUAAGUUGUCCAGUAAGGCAAGUUCCCACAGGUAAAAAGCAGGUGCCUUUGAAUCCCGACCUCAAUCAAACAAAACCUGGAAAUUUCCCGUCCCUUGCAGUUUCCAGUAAUGAAUUUGAACCUAGUAACAGCCAUAUGGUGAAGUCUUACUCAUUGCUAUUUAGAGUGACUCGUCCGGGAAGAAGAGAGUUUAAUGGAAUGAUUAAUGGAGAAACCAAUGAAAAUAUUGAUGUCAAUGAAGAACUUCCAGCCAGAAGAAAACGAAAUCGUGAAGAUGGGGAAAAGACAUUUGUUGCACAAAUGACAGUAUUUGAUAAAAAUAGGCGCUUACAGCUUUUAGAUGGGGAAUAUGAAGUAGCCAUGCAGGAAAUGGAAGAAUGUCCAAUAAGCAAGAAAAGAGCAACAUGGGAGACUAUUCUUGAUGGGAAGAGGCUGCCUCCAUUUGAAACAUUUUCUCAGGGACCUACAUUGCAGUUCACUCUUCGUUGGACGGGAGAAACCAAUGAUAAGUCUACAGCUCCUAUUGCUAAGCCUCUUGCCACUAGAAAUUCAGAGAGUCUCCACCAAGAAAACAAGCCUGGCUCAGUUAAACCUACGCAAACUAUUGCCGUUAAGGAAACACUGACUACAGAUCUACAAGCAAGAAAAGAAAAGGAUACGUCAAAUGAAAACCGACAGAAAUUAAGAAUAUUUUAUCAGUUCCUUUAUAACAACAAUACAAGACAACAAACUGAAGCAAGAGAUGACCUUCAUUGUCCUUGGUGCACUCUGAAUUGUCGCAAGCUUUAUAGCUUACUCAAGCAUCUAAAACUCUGCCAUAGCAGAUUUAUCUUCAAUUAUGUUUAUCAUCCAAAAGGUGCUAGGAUAGAUGUCUCUAUCAAUGAAUGUUACGAUGGCUCCUAUGCAGGAAAUCCUCAGGAUAUUCAUCGCCAACCUGGAUUUGCUUUUAGUCGCAAUGGACCAGUAAAGAGAACACCUAUAACACACAUUCUUGUGUGCAGGCCAAAACGAACAAAAGCAAGCAUGUCUGAAUUUCUUGAAUCUGAAGAUGGAGAAGUGGAACAGCAAAGAACAUACAGUAGUGGCCACAAUCGUCUGUAUUUCCACAGUGAUACCUGCUUACCUCUCCGUCCUCAAGAAAUGGAAGUAGAUAGUGAAGAUGAAAAAGAUCCCGAAUGGCUAAGAGAAAAAACCAUUACACAAAUUGAAGAAUUUUCUGAUGUAAAUGAAGGAGAGAAAGAAGUAAUGAAACUAUGGAAUCUCCAUGUCAUGAAGCAUGGGUUUAUUGCUGACAAUCAAAUGAAUCAUGCCUGUAUGCUGUUUGUAGAAAAUUAUGGACAGAAAAUAAUUAAGAAGAAUUUAUGUCGAAACUUCAUGCUUCAUCUAGUCAGCAUGCAUGACUUUAAUCUUAUUAGCAUAAUGUCAAUAGACAAAGCUGUUACCAAGCUCCGUGAAAUGCAACAAAAAUUAGAAAAGGGAGAAUCUGCUUCCCCCACAAAUGAAGAAAUAACUGAAGAACAAAUUGGGACAGCAAAUGGAUUUAGUGAAAUUAACUCAAAAGAAAAAGCUUUGGAAACAGACGGCGUCUCAGGGGUUUCAAAACAGAGCAAAAAACAAAAACUCUGAAAAGAGCUAACCCCGUGGUGUGGACAAACACUGAAAUUGCAUUCGAGGGAAUUCAGCCUCUAGAAAGAGUUGUGUUUUUGUGUUUUGCUUUUUAAAUCAUAGCUUCCAAACAGGCACUGUUAGAUGAAGUAAAUGAUUUCAACAAGGAUAUUUAUAUCAGGGUUCUCCUUUACUUCAUUGUGCAACAUUACAUGUUUAUCCAUUUUAUUGUCAUUAAAACUUAUUUCAGUUCGAGCAUGAAAAGCAGUACUUCACUGUACCACUAACUGCAACCAUUGUCUCACGAAAUGUAUUCAACUAAUCUAGAAAUUAUUUCUUGUAUUUAAAUUAUGCUUUUUGCAUUUGUGACUGGCUGUUUUUUCUACUUUGUAAUUGUGAGACAUUUUCUUGGGGAGGGAAAAUUGGAAUGCAACUCCCUUUUUUAGAAAAUUGAAGAUUUUGUGAAAUUGUUGCAUUAAUACUUGCAACCAAACCAUGAUCCUUGCUUUUGAAAUCAUUUAUAAAUUUAGAAUGAAAAUUACAAUGCAAGAUAUUUUACAUAAGCUUAUUUUACAAUUUUAAAGUAGCACUUCUUCAUCUUACGCCUGUUUGAGAACAUGUUAAUUUUUCACAUUGUUGACGGUGAGAUGUCAGGUUGGUUUAUAACGAUACUGACCAUUUGUUUUCAUGUGGAUAAUUUUAGUGCAUUGCUUACCCAGCAUAUUUUUUUAAACAUGAACAUUUUGGUUUUCCUUUUUCAAUUAGGUAAUUACAUGGAAAACUUCAGCCGUACACAUCCUUUUAUUAGGAUUGUGAACCAAGGGAAGAACAAAUUUAAGGUUUUUAAGAUGCCACUUUGUGGCCAGGGGGACAGUGUUCUGUAAAAAUGAACCAGAAAAUGUUAGACUUUUUUUUUUUUCUUUGCAAGGAUGUCUUUGUAAUGUAUCUCAUGAUUAGAAUAUUCAAUACAGAUAAGCUGACUUGAAUUGUUUUGAGCAAUUUUGCCCUGUGUUAUGUGUUUUACGCACAUAUUUGCAGUUGGAUUUUUCUCCAACAGAAAGCGGUUUCACUACUGGCACAUUAAUAAGCACCAAUAGGUUUUUUACUCCAACUCCAAGCACUGUGGUUGAGUAACAUCACCUCAAUUUUUUAUUAUCCUUUAAAGAUAUUGCAUUUUCAUAUUCUUUAUUUAUAAAGGAUCAAUGCUGCUGUAAAUAC